CAAAUACAAGGCGCAUGCGUUGAAAUUGCGCCAAUUUUGCGAGCGGCGGCCUCUGCCGGCAGUUCCAGUCGAUUGGAGCUCAGAGGAGGGAUGUUGCAGCGCGGGAAUCGCCACAUCGCGAACGGGACGUCAAAAAUUUGAAAAUGGAAUAGUUUGAAAGUGGUGACGGGGGUGAGCGUGUCGCUCGUAUCGAUGUGUUCGAUUUUUGACGUUGGCGUAAUAGUGUUGUGCAUAGGUUAAGUUUAGUUGACGAAUUAAAAUAUAUUGACAGAAUCGGGAAAGAGUUUUAAAUAAACCGUGAGUUUUAUUUAAGGUGGUUAGUGCGGUUUGAUUGCAGUGUUCGACGCGCUGUCAUUCAAGUGCCAGCUAAGGUAACCUUGACACAAUUUCCCGCGCUAGCGUUUCCACCUUGUUUCCGUUGCACUCUCUCUUGACAUUUACCGCAAAAGAGUGCCCUUUUACUAAUUAGCGCUGGAUUUAAGAUGAGUGAGCAAGAUUAGUGAAAAAACAUUGUAAUUAAGCGGAAAAACAUGCGUUUUGAUUGCUGAAAUGGUAUACCAGUAUAAUUUCGUUGACUUCCGAGAGACAUGAUGUGGGAAAUGCGAACAUCGACUCAAGGAUAUAUUUUAGAUAUAAAUUAGUUGUAAAUAUAAACUUGCGAAUAUGAUGCCCUUGUGACUGCUUCGCUGGAGGAAUCACCGGAUCUGCAAAAUGAAAGUUUUAAAAGAUUUCGGCAAAGCAUCCGCUGACAUAAUCUCUGGUCUCGUACUGAUAGCUAUAAUCCGUCUGACCGAUUGCGACGUCGUCACCGACUCACCAAAGAGGAAACCUUCGGAAGUCUACCAAAGAGAUGGGAUAUCGAAUGCGAUACCGGAGCCGGAUCUGUUGCCAGUUAUGCACGGCAACGAUACGAGAUGUAGGAUAUCCGAAUAUCUUUGUGCUAAUAAAAGAUGCAUACCGAUAAACAGAUUCUGCGACGGCAACAACGACUGCGGGGACUCCUCCGACGAGCCGAGGCAUUGCAACCGUUGUAACAGGACGUACUAUGGAGAUAUCGGCCGUACAUACGAGCUGGAACUGCAUCGUCCCCGAGAAGACUUGGUCCCAUUCGUGUGCCUGAUCACUAUCACAGCAGCUGGCGGCAUCCAUGGAGACCUGGUGCAGGUGCUAUUCGACAGUUUCACGCUUGGCCGGUUUACAUCCUUCACUGAAGACGGCUGCCCCGAUGGUUACAUGCAGAUCCAAGAAGCGAGCAGACCCCAAGUAGGAGGUUCCUGGUGUGGGACAUCCUGGGGCCCCUCAAUAUAUUAUAGCGAGACAAAAUCUAUUACACUCAUAAUAAGACUGCUGCACCUAUCCAAAGAUCAAAACAACUACAAUUUUAACUUCCGAAUGGCGUACAAAGUUCUGAGGAAGGAAUUCGCGACGGUUCGAUAUGGAGGCACCCCGCCAUCGGAGCGCCCUUUUUUCAAGAUUAGACCACCACUUUUUCCCGUUAACAUAUCACGCCUGGAAGAUACAAACGUAGCGAGGACGGCAAAAGCCGGCGAGUAUUAUCUCGGGGAUUUGAUUUCUGGGACAUAUUGUUCGCGCAUCUUCAGCGACUGUGAUCGUAAAACCUGCAGGUUACAGUCGCCAAAUUUCCCCGGUGUUUAUCCAAGAAAUUUGACAUGCUACUAUGCUGUAAGACAACACGAAGUGCCUCAAGGGAAACACGCCUUAAUCGUAGUUAAACAACCUAACGGACAACUAGUAUCUAUAAGGAGUCAGAAGGCUUUUUAUGCGGCACAACAAGAGAGGGGAAAUAGCGGGAGAGAAUUGAAGUUCUGGCAACAAUGCGAUGAAGUGCAAGAUUAUGUGACAGUGUACGACGGGUAUACGACGAGGGAUCCGGUCGUGUUAAGAUUUUGCGGAGGCGGGGUGUCAGUUCCAGAGGCUAUCUCGAGCGGCCCGGAAUUAUUAGUGGAAUUCACAACUUCACCGUUUGGGACUUUCCUACAGCCAGCCACUUCGCAAUCCCUGCACGGAUUCCAACUUGAAGUUGAGGUCAGGUUCGUAGAUCAACAGUCGCCUACAUACGCCAAGAACAAAAGGGCUUGCGAAUUUUGGAUAAGGGGAACAGGCAGGGGUAUUUUGGAGCACCCGCAACAUUCCCUUCCUCCCAAUAUAACAUGUUUGUAUCACAUGCAAGGAAUCGAUACUUCCGGACCUUCGGGAAGGAACAUUAUGUACAGACGACCUUCCUUCGCGGCUCCGAGAUUUAGAGUGUGGUUUUCUGUAUUGAAAUUUUAUGUUACCAAUGCGCUUAAUCCUAAUUUACCCGAGGACGAGUACUGUGGAAGCCAUUUGAAUAUAUGGGAUGGGCCGAUGAGGAUAUCUCCUGGCUGCAGCGAUAUAUUUUGUGACAAAGAAAGAUCAGUCCAGAUGUCUAGAGCGACAUCCCCGCAGUCUGUGAUCGUGGGUCGCCCACCGACGAAUGCGACACUCGUGGCGAGGUUUUGCCGCGAAAGAGCACCUAGGACUUGCGAGCAUGCCCUAUUGAGAAAGUCAAGAGCCUGCGCGAGGACAGAAAGUUUUUUGUCUAAAGGAGACUCGUUAACUUUGGAGCUGAAGCUGACACAGGGUACAGCGCUAAAGCCCGUAUUCUUCAAGGCUCUUUACGAGUUUGUAGAUCUCCACCAAGACGGAGAACCGUGGGGUCGCGGGUCCUGUUCCAGAAGAUUCGUUUCCCGAUCUUUCCCUGAAGCACCACCAGAUCCGCCUGUCACUUUUUCAUCUCCAAGAGACGUAUUUUUAUAUGGCCGUGGUGGGGCGAGGAACAUAAGCUGCACUUAUCGUUUUGAAGCCAAUCCCGGGGAAGUAGUUCGGCUCCGCGUGUGGGGAGUGCGCAGCGGCGGUCGGCUCUGCAGGUCCGUGCACUCGGCCCACUCGCCCUGGUACCGGUGCGCGGGUGACAUCACCGCCGCUGUCAGAGUAUUCGACAGACCUUGGAAGAAUAGCGGCCCAAAUGUACCAAGGGACUGUUUGUGCAGUGACGUCGGCGACUACGAGUUCACAUCAACAUCUACGGUUGCCGAACUAAAGUUUGAUGUCGUGAAUAUGUCAGCGACGGACGACUUCAGGUCGUUCGGCUUCGAUGCGUCUGUCGAGUUCGUCAGACUGGACACCACCUGUGACAGCUCGCAUAGAGUGUACGGAGCGAGUGGGGAACUAAGAUUGGUCAACACGAUGCCCAUAUCGCCGGAAGUUGAUCGAUGUGAACGAAGGCCCUGGCUCAUCGACCCAUCUCCCGGCCACUACUUGUACCUUCAAAUCCGCGGAAACAUCAUCAAGGAACCGGAGCUGGACAACUUCACUCUACUCAACAACAUCACAGCUGCGCCUGACUUGAGGCACCUCUGCAGGACGCAGAACAGAUUAGCAGUUUACACCGGCGGACUAUCUCCAGUUUUCAUUUGCCCCGAUCCUCCUGAUGAUCAGAACGACGACGUUGUAGAGGUGUUUUCCGACGGUUGGCUCAAAGAAGUAGACCUUCUCGCUAGGCAUGUGAUGGCACCACCACCUUCCCCCGACCGCUUCGAUCUUGACUGGCCCAGAUCACUGUCUGUGGAACUUAUACCAGCCGACCCUGGUAGUUACUACGUCACUUGGUUGGAACUUUCUAGAAGACAGCCGAGUCCUCGCGGCGGCGUGUUCGCGCUAUCAGGCGAAUGCGAGUACCGCUGCCCUUCACUAGAUGCGUGCAUAUCGGCAGCGCUAUGGUGCGACGGGGUAGCGCAGUGCCCGCACGGCGAGGACGAGCGCCUGGCGCAGUGCUCGGCGCUGCUGCGGCUGCCCGCGCACUAUGCCGCCGCCAUGCUCGCCUUCACCAUACUCACUGCCUUCGCCGUGAUUGCCGUGGCGCGUUCCUGUCGCAGAAGACGUUCCGCGCUCCAGCAACGACUCAAAAGCUUAUCCUCGGACACCGCAAUCUUCGACGAGAAAGAAGUGAUUUGCUGACCCAGCGAGGACUCCGUGCGAUACGUGGAAAUCGACCGAGUCACCACUGUGUGACCGGCCCUACGCAUGGAGUCCUUCAAAUUCACUGUUGGCAAUUAAGCAAGUUAUACUAGUAAUAAGCUGAGGGAUAUUCUCAUAAAAAUUGUUGAGACGCUCGCACCAAUCCGGUCGUCGGUCGUGACGCUAAUUUCCGAUGUUCAUGUUGAAUUAUAGAUAAUGUAGGAAUUGAUAGAUUGAAAUGAAUCCAUGGACUGUGAGGUGUAAACGAUAACGAGUUCUUUACUUGCGAAAAACUUAUCUGAAUUGUAUCGAUAGAUCAACUACGUUACUUCAAGAUGUAAUGGCUUUUGGAGUUUCCUCGAUAACACAUACUCGAUUUACAAUGAAUUAUAAAUUUGAUAACAUAUUCACUCGAAAUGUAAAUACGAUAAAAUUUACUAUUGUAGUAGAAUUGUAGCAAGGAUGAUAUUUUACGGACCAAGUGCAGUCGAUCGGUGGCCAAAUCAUGUUUCGUCAUUGAAAUCUUCAUAAAGACGAAGGACGUAAUAAUAACUCGUGUUUAAUGAUUUAUCGUUGAAAAAUAUAGAAUGAAAUUGAGAAUUAUGUGCAUAAUAGUAGUACUAAUUAUAAAGAUGAAAAAAAUAUAAGAAAACAGAAAGUAAAAAAAAAACUGAUGACGGUGUAUUAUUAUUAGAAAUGAAUAAAACACAAAUAAAUAAACAAUGAUAUAAAACAAUAACCAGAGACUUACGCGGAUUAUAAAAAUCAAUUAUUAUGCUAUGGUAAUUAUAUGCAUGAAAUUGAAAAAAAAAAUACAGUUAAAGAGAAAUUUUAAAUUUAUGGAAUGUGCAAAGUUUUUAUUAUAAAUUAUUCGUUUGAGAUAGUAUUAUAGGGAUGCACGAUCAAAUUGUCAGGUCAGCCAGCAAGCUUCUGUAUCAUUAAAAACUUUGGUUGUCUAAGAUGAAUGAUAUUAUUCCAUCGGGAAAUUUAAAUUCUGAGAAUUCCAGCAUCUGUUGACUACAAAUUAUCUCCAGUAUGCCACUUCUCUGCAUAGGUACGAAAGAGCAUAGAAUUAAUAUUUUUGCUGAGAUAACGCACAAUGUUACAUCAUGAACGUUUGACCGAUCGACUUGUGGCACAAAUUUAAUAACAUUUAAAUGUGAUUGGACAUGAUGUAAAUAGUUAAGAAUUCGUAGCGUCUCUUACUCAAGGUUCGUUAUCAGAAUUAUUAAAAAACUAUUUUUAAGCGUAAGUGAUUAUGAUUCGGCAAUAAAGUCGUUUAAGUUAACAAAGUGUACUUGAUCCUUUGUUUUCAAUGUUGUUCUUUGGUAUAGGGAAUGUGAAUUUUGGAUUAGAAUUGUAUUUUUUUUAUAUCCUAUUUUCGAAUAUGGACUCCAGAUUUAUUAGUCCAAUAUUGACUGGUUGGUUGGUUGGUUCGUAUAUAUUUUUUUUUAUAAAUAUUAUUUAUUGUUUACUGACUAAAUUGUACAUUUGAUAAUAAAAAUCUAAAUCCUUGCUAUCAAGAGAGUACUAAUUUUCAUAUUAGACAUGAAUAAAUUAGAAACAGGAUAUCCUAACUAAAUAAAUCGAUGUAAAUAAAAACUAAACUUAUUCAUAUCUUAGAAGUGUAUUGAAGUGAUAUAUGUUUGUUUCCCAAGGAAAUUAAUAAAGUUUAUAAUAUCGCGUUAACUAUUAGUGAAAAUAAUAGUAAUAAAUUGAUCUUAAAUGAGAACAACUUCUUACAAGUUGAAUGAUUCAAAGGAAUGAUUGUCGAUAUAUCUUUAGUCAAUGUGAUGCCAAAUGAAAUCAUGAAACGAACACUGCCAAGAUGAUUACGAAUUGAUAAAUCGGUUUAUGUAAUUCGAUAAUUGUAUAAUGUAAAUAAAUAAAAAAACAAGUUAUUUCGAAAAAAGAAGUUGGAUCUCAUUUAUAUCAAAUUAGAAUUAGAGAUCUGGUAAUUGAUUUUUUAGAUAGGCAAUAUGAAGAAAUAAUAUUAGGAUAAUAAGAAUAAAAAAAACAAGUGUUCUUUAAAAUCAUUUUGUUUCGACUAAUGGUUGAUUCAGAUAGGUUGUCACGUUGCAUCAAGUUUUAGAAGUUGUUGUUAUUCAUUUCUAGGUGAAAUUGUAUUGUUUUAUAAUAAAACUAUUAUAAGAAUGGUAUGUAUGUAAUUAGUCUCACUGGUUAGUUAAAGUUCGUCUUCCAUUACGUAUGAUAAAUCCCGAUUUCUUUCUCUCCGUUUUUAUGCCAUAUCAAAAAGUCCGGAAAUUACAAACGGAAAUUAUUAAUUAAACAAACAAGAGUUCUCCUGGAAGACAAUAAUGAUGGAUAAUAGCUGUUUAAGCAGAGAUUACCUAAUUUCAGGUUUAAAACAAUGUUUACGAAGAAUUACGAUGAUAUAAGAAUUUUUUAAAUAAAAUUACUUAAGUUAUGGUCAGUCUGUUUUUAUUUUGAAUCCAAUGACCUUCCUAUUGUUACUUAAUGAGGACAGAGUGGCGUCUGAAUUCUUAUCUGCCUUGAUUGCCCUUCUCGUUCAACUCUGUGUUAGUGAUACCAUAGUAGAUAUCAGAGCUGAUUUUAUUGCUUAUCAUCGUGCUCACCAAAGAUCACAGAAAGCCAAGUUUGAUGAACUGGCCACUCAACAUGAAUAAUAUUUAAUGAGACGAUUCAUUAUAAAAGGAAGUAGGCAUAUAUUUACCAACCAAUUUAAUUUAGACUUGAAAAUAUUUCUUAUAAAUAUCACAUCAUUCGAUUCUCAACUCUGAAAGCUCGAUGGGCAUAGUGGUUGGCAUAUUUGGUUUGCAAUCAUUAAAAUUAUGUAGGCAUUGCAGUGGUCAUUCAUAUUAUGGCUACCCAGAAAUGUAUUACAUCGUAUUCCUCCGUCCUUAUUAGAAAGCACGUAAAAUCAUUGGUCCUGUCUGCAUUUGCAGUCAUUAAAACCUAUCAAUAAACAUCGGACCUUUCUGAGUUA